AUGCGCAAGUAUUUAUGCUCUGCUGUCAAGGAGCCUGCUGUUGAGGAGCAUGCGGUCUUUGGUGGUUGGCUGGACGUGAAUGCAAGAUUCCAUCUCAAGUCCUUCGUUUGGAAAGGCUUCACAGAUGAGGAGCAGGACCUGAGCUUCGCCGAAGUCGGUGCCGUGGCAGGCAAGGUGUACAGGAUCACGGUGGUGGAAAAACCAUGGAAACCAGACUAUUUGGGAAAAUGGGAGAUCAUACCCAGAGAGAGCACAGAAGAGCCCAAGCAGGGUGCAGAUGGGUCCAAGCGGAGCGCAGAGGAACCCCCUCCUGGAGGAGGCUCUUCUACGAAAAGGUCAAAGCCGAGCGAAGAUGGUGAAGCAGAAGCCAGGCUAGCGAAGGAGGGCGAGGCACAGCGUGACGGUGUGGGCGGGGUAGAGAAUGAUCAAAUGUCGCAGAAGGGGCAGGGGGGCAAUCGGACGCCACAAGAGGGCGGGAGCAAGCAGACGCCGAAGGAGGGACAGGGCAGCACGAGCAAGGAGAAGCCGCCAAAAGAGCCGGGAGGCAAGCAGACUCCGCAGGAGGGCCAGGGACAAUGCGGCGGGAACGAGAAGACUCCGAAGGAGGGGCAGGGGGGCAAGACGCCGGAGGAGGGGCAGGACCGUUAUGACCAAGCGACUCGGAGGGCCUUGAUCCCACCUGACCAGGCAGCGAAGUCGGCACGUCUACCAGGUUGGGGGACGAGAGCGACGACCGCAGAAGAACGCGAUGAGGGGUUAGCUGCCCAGAGGCAGGCACCCGAGGAGACGGCGAAGGAGGUGCAGGGCGGUGGGAUCGGGAAGAUUCCACUGCAGGAGCAAACGCGGCGAAAGGAGAGCUUGGGGCUAGGGGAGUUGAGCGAGGAGAGGGGCGAGAAGCAGGACAAGGCCGACGAGGAGUCGUCGAGCUGCGCAGACGGGGGGCGAUUCCGGAUUCAGGAGACAGGCGGAACUGGAGGACAGGAUACGGGUAGGGUGCAACGCCAGGACACGAGCGAGAUAAGGCCGCUGACCAUCAUCGGCGAGUAUGGUCUGAAACAUAGUCUCGGAGUCAAACCUGCGACGACCGUGCAAACGUGCGUAGACGCGUUUAUAGGAAGGUACAGGCGUCACGGCAACGUGGAGUGCAAUCCAGCUGCAUACAGCUUGUCUGUGGAUGAGCAACCCGUCUAUCUAAAGACUAGGAUUUGGAACUACUGUGAAGAUGGUGAAGCGAUUCUGCAUCUGAACAUACGACAGACAGGGGGUUGA